CACAGAGAGUUACUACAACUGCAGACCUGUUCCUCCGUCAUCGUACAUUUAUGGUGUUCUACCAACCGGCCAACGACGAUUUGUGAUCGUCCGUGAGUGAGUGAGCGAGGGAGGUGAAAGACGAGAGUGUGCCUGUGACAAUGACUACCGACAGAGAGCCUCCUGUCACUGCUAAACUCCUUCACCUCGUGUUUCUCUCCACCUUCUGGGGAAUGCAGAUAUGGGUCACCUUCAUAUCGGGCUUUGUUAUGGACAACCAUCUAAACCGACACACGUUUGGCUUCAUCCAGAGCCGGCUCUUCCCGUUUUACCUGCAUAUCGGCUCAGCCUGCGCUUUCUUCAACCUCACCAUCUUCGCCAUGUACCAUCCCAGCAACAUGCUGGAUGACAAAGAGGCCUUCCAGAUCUUAAUUUAUUUUGUGUGUGUGACUGUGGCGGCAGUGAACGCCCAGUGGUUUGGUCAGAUGACCUCGGAAAUCAUGGCGGACAUGCACCUGAUUGAGCAGGCCUGUGGAUUGGGUCAGGACAUCGGACUCUCGUCCAAUCGGGAAGCCUACGCCAAGCUGUGCGAGACGGACCCCAAGUAUAAAAAGCUGAGCGGUCGGCUGUGGCUGUACCACCUGCUGUCCUCUCUUUGUAACCUCUGCUGUAUAGUGUGUAACGGAUACAGCCUAUAUUACCUGGCAGAAAACCUUACCACCCUCUGAUGAGCUUUCCUGCCUUAUAGUGGAGUUCUACUCCCACAGUGCAAUGCAAAACCUUCGGUUAGAGUCUGUGUGACUCCGGCAGCGACAGCCUGCUCUCAGGUACUGGAUGACUUCCUGACAAAUCUGCUCAUUCUCGUUAUGGAUUGUCUUUUUUUAAUCUUUGUUGUGCUAGUUUUAGCAUAGAAUAUGUAUAGAGAAUAUAUUUUGUAAAUGUUAUAGAUGGCUGUGGAUAUUUAAAUUAAAAAGAUGACACUGCACGCUUGGGGAAUGAGAAAACAAAAAAACAAAAACGACACGCUUUAUAUGAACAAAAAUGGGAAGUGGAAAUAUAUUUUCUUUUUUUUAUUCUAGAAGUUAUGGUUUGCCUAGGCAAACUCACUCUAUCACAAAAAAAUAUAAUUAUUUGAUCGAAUUAUUUGGUGUGAAUGUAUCAAUAUGUCCGCACACACAAUCUUAUAGUGCACUUCUACAUUUUAACAGGGAUGAAUAUGCUAAUUAUGCUCUCACCUUAAUGUUGAAUUAGAUCUUAAAUAAAAUGCACCCAGCCCAAGUUGUACCACAGUAUACAUACAUAUAUAUAUUUAAAAUAUGCACUACUUGUUAAAAGUUUGGGGUCAAAUAAAUGAAUACUUUAAUUCCGCAAGGACACACUUGAUCAAAAGUUACAGCAAAGACAUAAAAAUGCUACAAAAACGAUUUCUAUUUAAGAAAAAAAUGCUGUUCCUUUGAACUUUUCACUCAUUAAAGAAUUCUGAAAAAAUGUAUCACAGUU